AUGCCAGCACGAUCAGAAUUCAGCUUCGCUGCUUCUCUAUCCACCUCUCUCCCUGGGGAUAACAACAACGAUGGAACAGCCAUAUCACCCCCCAAAGAUCUCGGUACAGAUGGAUCCGUACCAAGCACUGGAGAUCAACCUUCCACUCCAAGAUUCAAUUCGAAAAACCCUUUCAUCUCAACACCUGACCAUACUCCCCCUUCCCCUCCAUUAUCCCUGAACGAACCAACCACUUCCUCUACAGAUCCCACUUCAGAACGAAUGCUUUCUUCUUUCGGCAAACUCUCUUUAUCUGACUCAUUCAUCCCUACCUCUCCCUCAAUUACUUACCUAUCAAAGCUCGACACAUCGCCAGACACUCCCAUUAUUCCUUUCGGGCAUACCCUUCAAAACAAGGAAAACAAUACCGAUACCCUCCUCUACCGCUUACAAAAUGCAACAUCUAAGACUAACCAUUCUCGCUCCUACGGAUUUCGUUGCUCUGGCUGGAUGGAUAGUCUCUACACUUCCGGCGUAACAGACGAACGACAAGCCGACGGCCGAGCAUUCCAAUCCCACUGUAAUUUUACCUUCCAGCCAAGUCCCUACAUUUCCGUGUCCACGUCCGUUGCACGAAUUAUGAGAUUACCCCAGUUCAAGAAAGAGGAUGAAGCGAAAAGUCGUGUAUUCGUGAUCUCGCUGAAUCGACUUAGACAAUUGGGUAUCAAAGCACAAAGUACGGAUAAAUAUCUUGAGAAGUUUGUGAAUUCCGCAGGGAACCAGAUAUAUAGCAAACAGUGGCACGGGGACGAUGAAUAUAAGUGUGGAGUGAGAUAUGUGACGGAUACUCAUUGGUUGGUGGAGAAAUGGAUACCGGAUCAGGCGAUUGUCAGUGAGAUGGAUUUUGGAGAGUUUUUGAAGAUAGCGGAGAGAGAGGGAAUCACUAGGGAGGUUGCCAAGAUCAACUCAUUCAUAACAGAAUUAGAUGCACAGAAAAUCGACUUGGAAAAGUGGCCUAAGAGAGAUGGGAGUGAGCAAGAAAAAGUUAUCAUGAAGCCGGAAUCUUCGAGCAGAAUAUUUUCAGCCUUGCUAUAG